AUGAACGUGGCCCUACUCAAGGAUAUUGAAGAGACACGCCGAUAUAUAGAUGAGUGUUAUUUACAGGAUCUUGGACGACUGGAGGCGGCACGUAGCAUGUUUGAGCAGCACUUCAGUCGUCUAGAUAGCCUUAUACGUGACAGUACAAACCCCCGACAUGAUGAAGGAGGGGAAAUUCGCGUGGAUACUCUAUUGGCUACACCAUGCCGACAGACGUACAAUAGUGAUGACAAAAUAUUGGCUACACCUUCUAUGGCAUCACCACCCAUAAGCCGUGGAACAAUCAAUUAUGAUCGUUUUCUGGACGAGGUUACUUGUGGGGCAUUGGCAUCUACUUGGCCAAAUCGCCUAAACAAUGAGACAGAUGCGGAUACUCGCAAGCGACCAACGCUGGAAUCUAUUCCUGAAGGAGCACGUAAUCGUUCACCCCCGAAGGAUCAUAGCGCACCUUGUCAAGUCCUUGUAGUAUUUAAGCGUAAGCGUAUUUUGCAAUUUGAGUCCCCCACGUAUGUUUCUCCCGGCGAGUAUGUUGUGGUGGGUGGAGAUCGCGGAGAGGAUAUUGGCCUCGUGACCCACUCGAGAACACUCGGCGAGCACAACUACGAUGGUGAGAAGAAAUGGGCGGAGGGCGUCGGCCGCGUACUGCGAGUCGCCACUGCGCUGGAGGUCUCGCAGCUGCAGGGCGUGCAGACGGAGUUGGAGGAACGCGCCGUGGAGGUGGCGCAGAAGAAGGUGGAAGAGCACCGUCUCCCUAUGUGCAUUGUAGAUGCGGAAUAUCAAUUCGAUCGCAAAAAGCUCACUUUUUACUACCGUUCUCAGCAGCGACUUGACUUCAGGACACUCGUGCGGGAUCUCUAUAAAACAUUUCGAGCCCGCAUUUGGAUGGAGCCAGAGGUGCCAUCAUAG